AUGACACAUAGAUACUGUUUUGAAGCGCUUGAUAGAAGCUUAAGGGAUAUUAUGAGAUCUUCCGAUAGGUCUGGAAAACCUUUUGGAGGUUUGGUGGUUGUUUUAGGAGGCGACUUUCGACAGAUACUUCCAGUGAUCCCUAAGGGAAGUCGGCAUGACAUCGUGCAUGCCUCUAUAAGUUCAUCUCAACUUUGGAAUUCGUGUCAAGUUUUCAAGUUAACUAAGAACAUGAGAUUACAGGCAAAUGCUUCUGCUUCGGAUGCUGAAGAAACCAAAGAAUUUGCAGAGUGGAUACUUAAAAUAGGUGAUGGUACAGCCGAACAUAAUCUUGGUGAUGGAGAAUCUGUUGUGGCAUUAUCAGAAGAUAUCCUUAUACGCGAUGCAACAAAUCCUAUUGCAGCUAUAGUGGAAAACACAUAUAAUGACGUCAUGAAUAAUGCAUUUGAUCCAGAAAUGUUUAAGAAUAGAGCUAUCUUGGCCCCCCACCAAUGA